UGUGUCUCUCUCUCUCUCUCUCUCUCUCUCUCUCUCUGUGUUGUGCUGUGCUUGAAGCGCUCAUUGACAAUCGGCGUCGUUUUUCCACGCAAAAAGUAAAUAAAGUCUCUCUCUUCCUUCGGUUUUGGUUUUUGGUUCCAAAAAUUCCAAUAUGACCAUUGUUCCCUUUAUCCUCUUAAAUACAACAAAACCUCCACUCCCACUUCCGCAACAACCUGCAUCAUCAUCGUCGUCAUCAUCAGCAUCCAUCUGCACCGUUCUCAUAUCAAGUUCAUAGCUUUACUCAAAACCCACAAUUGAAAUUGAAAUUUUGACAAUGAUCUUCUUCUACAGCAAGCGUUAGACAGACUCUGUAGACUGUACGGCACACAUGGAUUUUCGGGACCCAAACCCGAAUCAGUCUCGCCUUAUCGGAGACUACAUACUGGGCCCAAAAGUCGGGUCGGGUUCAUUCGCGGUGGUUUGGCGCUCAAGGCAUCGCCAACUGGGUAUUGAAGUUGCUGUUAAAGAAAUUGACAAGAAACAGCUGAGCCCAAAAGUCAGCGACAGUUUACUCAAAGAAAUUUCCAUUCUAAGCACCAUCAACCACCCCAACAUCAUUCGCCUUUUCGAGGCCAUCCAGACCCAGGACAAAAUUUACCUUGUGUUGGAGUACUGUGACGGCGGUGACCUGGCUGCUUAUAUUCAUCGACAUGGGAAAGUUUCGGAAAAUGUUGCCAAGCACUUUAUGAGACAAUUGGCUGCAGGAUUGCAAGUGCUUCAAGAAAAGCACCUCAUUCAUAGGGAUUUAAAACCACAGAACUUACUCUUGUCAACAACCAUUGAAGAAACCCCACUACUGAAGAUAGGGGAUUUUGGUUUUGCGAGAUCCCUCACGCCCCAAGACUUGGCUGACACACUAUGUGGUUCACCAUUAUACAUGGCUCCAGAGAUUAUUCAGAAUCAAAAGUAUGAUGCAAAGGCUGAUUUAUGGAGUGUUGGAGCAAUUUUGUUUCAGCUGGUGACUGGGAAGCCGCCAUUUGAUGGGAAUUGUCAAUUACAGCUUUUUCAAAAUAUUCUGACAUCUACUGGGGUGCGGUUUCCACAAGGUGCUUUGGAAGAAUUGCAUGCAGAUUGUGUAGAUCUUUGCAGAAGCCUGUUACGUCAAAAUCCAGUUGAGAGACUAUCAUUUACGGAGUUCUUCAAUCACAAGUUUCUUAGAGAAGCUAGUCAAACUGAAUCAGCUCCUCAGAAUGUUGAACACACUUCACUACUUCCACCGCUUAAAUCGAUGGUUGAACAGUCUAAUUCCUCUGUCUCCGAUAAGAGGUUGCAAUUGAAUUCCAAGCAUUCCAUAAACUCAUCUAGCAAAAAUCUGAGUUCAGAUUUUCCAUCUGCACAUGACAGAAAAAAGUUACAAAGAAAAGAUUGUGGCAGUACAUCCAGCACUAGGAGUGUUCAAGGGCUUGUGCAAGAUGUUGCAUGUGAUAGGCUGAGGAAAUCUAUUAAUCAAGAUCCAAACAUACAGGAUCACCUUCGAGUUUCUGAUUCAAUGGAGUCCAUUGAGAAAGAUUAUGUUAUGGUCAAUCCUCAUUUUGCGUCAAUGGAGAGUUUCUCUUAUUACCUUGAAACAUCCCUGCAACUUAAUUCCACUACGAGAGCUUCUAUCAGUGGUUCAAAGCAGAAUGAUCAUGAUAUAUCAGUUGCAAAGAAAACAGAGGAGCAGGCAACUAGUUCUAUUGGUGUGGAAAGUUCACAAACUUGUGGAUCCGCUAAAUCACCAACAUCUUGUGGAUCAACCCUGUUACUGGAAGUGCAAGGACUAUCUAUACUGCAUCCUUCUACUAGGCUCCAUCUGUUACAUCAGUACGCUCAGGUUCUUGCAGAUCUGUCUCAGGAAAAGGAUAAGGCAGGACUGUUUCUAGACUCAUUUUCAGUUCAACUGGUUGUUUUGGCCAUAUGGAAGAAAGCUCUUCAAAUUUGCAGCACUUGGAGUGAAGUGAAGGAACUACCCGAAGGCAGUUCAGCGAAUGAAUCCUCACGUGUGCAGGGAGGUGCUGGUUUGUCACCAAACGCCUCAGGAAGUGUAGAUUUUAGCAGGCCUUCAUCUGUUUCAAUGUGGGCAGGGCAAGGUUUUAUUGGUGCCUUUGAUCGGGCAGAGAAGUUAUCCUAUCGUAUCCAAGAUAUGGAUGGUGCUGCUGAAGUGCCAGACGCGAUGGAAAUUAUUUUCCAAAAAGCACUAGUAGUUGGAACAGAUGGUGCUGUAGACGAGUACAUGGAGAACAAGGGUAGUGCAGAAGCAUUGUACUCGAAGGCUAUGCUUCUGCUUUCUUUUAUUGCGGGAGAAGCAACAUCCCUGCCACUUAACCCACCAUUUUCGUUGACUCCUGCCAAUAAGAAGCGAAUCCAACAGUACAUUGUAAACUUGGAGUCCCGUCGUAUCAACUUUCUCAAGUCGCAGCCUGCUCCUGUGCAAUCUCCACACUCCCGGACUAAGUAAAUAUGACCCUCCGUGUACAGCCAUUGACAAAACCGGCUUUUUUGUGUGCAUAUUACGGGUAUGGGGUAAAUCACGGCAAGAUCAGCAAGCAGUUUUGAACUUUGGGGGGAUGAUAAUGAGACAUCACUUUAUUUACAUGAGUGAUGAUGAUUAGCAUUGACAUAUAUUAUAUACAUAUAUAUAUAUAUAUAUAUAUAUAUCAGCUAAAUAGGAACGUAUAUAAUAUAGCCUGCAGGCACUGUGGACACAAGAUCACCCUUAUUGCAUGAAUUCCUGUAAAUAAAUUUCUCCAUUCUUUAUAUGGGAAAAACUGUAAAUAUGGAUGGUGAUGGUGGUCAGUAAAUGCCGAAUUUCACGUU